CAAAUAAAAUUCACUCCGAACCACAGGUUUGGUCCAUUCGGCACAAACUUUUCUCUAAAAAAUCUCGUCGUUGCCGAUUCUUUUGCUUACUUUUUUUUUUAUUCUCUCACUGUUAAACUUCGAGCGCUUCUACUUCAGUUACACUCAACGGAAUCAGUUAUUUGAAGCGCAACAAAUUUCAGCUUAGCAAUGAAGUGAACUGAUUCUUCAGCGCGUGGUAGAGAAUUUCAUAUAACAACAGUGAUUGAUAAUUUGUUGUUUCUAUAAUUGUUUUAGCAAAGCCAAGAUGGCGCAAGGUGAUUGGAAAGCCGAUAAGAUGCUUGAUGUUUAUAUUCACGACUAUUUGUUGAAAAGAAAGUUGCAUGCGUCUGCAAAAGAAUUUAUGACUGAAGGAAAAGUGGCCACAGAUCCAGUAGCAAUUGAUGCUCCUGGAGGAUUUCUCUUUGAAUGGUGGUCUGUCUUCUGGGACAUUUUUAUUGCAAGGACUAAUGAGAAACAUUCUGAAAAUGCUGCAGCUUACAUAGAGACACAACAAUUUAAGGCAAGGGAGCAACAACAGCUACAAAUACAGCAGCUGCAACUCAUGCAGCACCGCAAUGCACAACUGCAACGGAGGGAUCCUAAUCAUCUAGCUAUUGGCAGUUCUAUAACCACAUUAAACUCUGAAGGAAUGAUGGGGCAGUCAUCAGCCAGUGUCUUGGCCAUGAAAAUAUAUGAAGAACGUAUGAAACACCCUCAUCCGAUGGAUUCAGAGACAUCAUCAGCUCUAAUUGAUGCCAAUAAGAUGGCCCAUCUCAAAACUGCUAACAAUCAUCAAGUCCAACUGGUACAAAGUAAUUCUGGGAACAUGUCUUCAGCUUUGCAGCAGAUCCAAGCGCGGGCACCUUUAACCGCUGACAUCAAGAGUGAAAUUAAUAUGGGCACAUCUCAGAAAAGUUUGCCCAUGGAUCCUUCAUCUAUCUAUGGUCAAGCAAUGUUACAGUCAAAAUCUGGACUGGCAGGUUCAGGACUGAAUCAAGGUGUCGCAGGUCUUCCAUUAAAGGGUUGGCCUCUGACUGGACUUGAUCAAUUAAGACCAAAUUUGGGUGCACAAGUGCAGAAGCCCAAUAUGCAGACUCAUAAUCAGUUUCUUCUCGCAUCACAUCAGCAACAGCAGAUUUUGGCACAGGCACAAAGCAACCAUGGAAAUCCAACGAACUUUGGAGAUAUGGAUCCCCGUAGGUUUUGUCAGUUUCCUCGGGGUAGCUUUAAUGCAAAAGAUGGUCAAUCCACUAGAAAUGAUGGAUCAAUAAGCUCCCCGGUGCAAUCAACUUCUCCUAAGAUGAAGGUGGCUCAGAUGCAACAUUCUUCCUCUCAACAACAGGAUCAAUUGCAGCAACAGCAUAACAGGAAAAGGAAACAACAGUGUUCUUCAGGAGCUGCGAACAGCACAGGCACAGGAAAUACAGUGGGCCCUUCACCUAACUCGCCUCCAUCAACUCACACCCCUGGGGAUGGAAUGACUACUGCAAGUAGUGCACAGCAUGUUAACAAUGUGCAGAAAAGCUUGAUGAUGAAUGGUCCAGAGGGAACAAUAGGUCUUGCAACAUCUUCCAAUCUGCUGGAAGAUAUAGAACGAUUUGGGGAUGUCGGUUCCAUAGACGACAAUAUGGAAUCGUUACUUUCACAUGAUGGAGGAGAUGGAAGAGAUUUGUAUGGAGCCCUGAAACAAAGUCCUACUGAGUACCAAAAAGAGUCAUCAUCUAAAAGUUUUACCUUUUUUGAGGUUGGCUGCCAACGGACAAGAAAUAAUAGCAUGGUCACUUGCUGUCAUUUUUCUUCUGAUGGGAAGUCACUAGCCAGUGCUGGCCAUGACAGGAAGGUUGUCCUAUGGAACAUGGAUACAAUGCAGACAGAGAGCACACCUGAAGAACAUAAAUUAGUUAUCACAGAUGUUCGUUUCAGGCCGAAUUCGUCUCAGCUGGCAACAGCUUCAGUUGAUAAAUCUGUGCGAUUAUGGGAUGCAGCCAAUCCAAACUUUUGUUUGCAAGCAUAUACCGGGCACCGUUCGCCAAUUAUGUCCCUUGACUUCCAUCCUAAGAAGAAUGAUAUUUUUUGUUUUUGUGAUAAUGACAAUGAAAUUCAGUAUUGGAGUGUCAGUCCAUUUUCGUGCACUCAUAUCUUCAAGGGAGGUACAACACAAGUGAGAUUUCAACCAAGAACUGGACGUUUGUUGGCAGCAGCAUCAGAUAAAGUAGUGAGUGUCUUUGAUAUUGAAACUGAUCGGAAAACACAUUCAUUUCUGAGACACUCGGAAUUGGUGAACUACAUAUGUUGGGAUGCAAAUGGAGAUUAUCUGGCAUCUGUUAGCCAGAACUUGGUGAAAGUUUGGUCAAUGAACUCGGGGGAGUGCAUUCAAGAGUUUAGCUCGAAUGGGAAUCAAUUUCGCUCUUGUGUUUUUCACCCAAGUUAUUCAACUCUUUUGGUGAUUGGAGGAAUCUCGUCUUUGGAGCUGUGGAACAUGGCUGAGAAUAAGAGCAUGACAAUUGCUGCUCAUGAUAAUAUAAUCUCAGCAUUGGCACAGUCAUCUGUGAAUGGAAUGGUGGCGUCUGCAAGUUAUGACAGCUCUGUUAAGCUGUGGAAAUAAAUCCUAUUGUAUGAUAAUAACAUCCUAGUUUUCUCGGAGCUUCGAACUAAUCCACCAAGAUCUGGGAAAAAAAGGCUGAUAGCUAGCAAUAUAAGGUUCGUCUAUAUAAACCUGUGAAGAUAGCAGACUGAUUGGGUGAUUAGAUCAAUUGUGAAACAUUUAUUAAGUGCUAUAAAAUAAAUAUGUUUUAAAAUUUUAACCCUAGUGUAUGGUGUGAAGCAGCAUGUCUGCCAAGGUGAGUAGCACAUGUUGAU